GCCAAAGCCAAAGGACACUAAUUCAGCACUAGUAUACAAACCAUCUGAAUGGACCUACAUCUCUGCUGUUUGUUGGAUUCUUGGGCAUUGUCAUUGGCUGGGAUUGUUGUCGUCGUUUUUCUUUUGUUAUGGCUGCGGCGUCGAGAAGCGGAGGAUUACCAGAGAAGGACGGGGAUACCUGCCCCGGAGGGAAUCCUUCCUCUGAUAGGUCAUCUUUAUCAGGUCAUCAGAAUGGGAGUUGAUGAUUAUGAGAGGAAAUGGUUUAAUGAAAAGAAAACUAAAAUCAUUGUGUCUUGGUAUGGUAAAACUCCCCUAAUUACUGUGGCUGAUCCAGAAAUAGCAAAGCAUGUCCUUGUGAAGGAUUUUCCCUACUUCCAGGACAGGCCAAGGAGGAUUUACACAAUGACACAGACACCUGUUAACAAAGGUGUAUUUUUCCAUUAUGGAUCACACUGGAAACGGAUUCGUUCCAUUUUAACUCCAACAUUUAGCACAGGGAAACUGAAGAUGACUACACAUGACAUAAACAGAUGUUCUGCAAAUCUGGCUGAUAAAAUGGAAAACAUGGCAAAAGCCAAAGAAAAUGUUGAAGUCAAACAGUUAUAUGGGGGUUUUACUCUGGAUGCUAUAGCAGCGACAGCCUUUGGAUUGGAUGUAGACAGUAUUAACAAUCCAGACAGUUCUUUUAUCAAGAACAUCAAAGAAAUAUUCCAAAGAGGGAUGAAGCCAUGGAGAAGAAUUUGCAUCACACUUGCAAGUGUAUUUCCUAGCCUUUAUCCUGUUCUUCGUAUCUUCAACCUGACUUUCUUCAACAAGGAGAAUGUAGGGUUUUUUGUCAGACAAUGUCAAGCUAUGAUAGAAGACAGGAAAACCGAGUCAUCUGAGAGACAUGUUGAUUUUCUUCAACUUAUGGUGAAUGCUGAGUUAGAUGAUCAGUCAUUACAAGAUCAACAUAUCAACAGUGGACAGAAAAAAUUGACCAAUGAUGAGAUAAUAGGUCAGGCUUUCCUGUUUUUUGUUGCGGGGUAUGAAACCACUGCCAACACAAUGAACUUUGUUUCCUAUGAACUAGCCGUAAAUCAGGAAGUUCAAGACAGAGUGGUUCAGGAGAUUAAGGAUCAAAUUGGGAAGGAUGAACCUAAUUAUGAAAAUGUGAACAAACUACAGUACAUGGAACAAGUGAUUUUAGAGACGCUCAGAAUGUACCCUCCUCUACCUAGACUAACUCGUGAGAUAGGGGAGACAGUUGUGAUAAAAGAUUACACAUUUCUAAAAGGAGGCACCGUGGUGAUUCCAGUGUAUGGACUUCAUCAUAAUCCAGAUUACUGGCCGGAUCCAGAGAAGUUUGAUCCAGACAGAUUUGAAAAUUCCAAGAAUGUCCAGAACAAGUUUUACUACAUGCCAUUUGGACUUGGUCCAAGAAUGUGUUUAGGAAUGAGGCUUGCCAUGUUAGAACUAAAAAUAGCCCUGGUUCAUGUUCUCAGGAGGGUUCGAUUUGUUCCCUGUCAGGAAACUCAGAUUCCCUUGAAAGUUAUUACCAACAAGGGUCUUAUAACUGUGGAAAAACCAAUCAAGUUAGCAUUUGAGUUACGACAUUGAGAAAUUUUACCAAGUUUGAAAAAAAUUAUGAUAUCCUAGAAUGUGGAGAAACAAUCCUUGUAAUUGACCAUAAAAGAGGUAUUAGACAGAAACCCCAUCCUUAUAGGCUUCAUUGAAUAGUACGGCAAAGAAAAUUUGAAGCCGAUGGACUAAGAACACAUGAAGGAAUUUAAAAAGACAAAUUAAGGAAAAUUGUAAUGAAUAUAUUUGUGAUAUUAAUGAUAUUAAUCAGAAGUCUUUGAAAUUGUUAUAGUUCACCUGAGCCAAAGGCUUAAGUAAGCUUUAAUUUUCUGAUUGCAAUUUCUUCAUUGUUGUCAAUGUCUUAAACUUUCACGAAAACAACUGGGCUAAUUUCAGUCAAACUUGCCACAAAGCAUCCUUAGGUGGAUUGUGCAAAUUAAUUAAGGGCAACAUAGCCUCUUUUAAGGGGAGAUAAUUCAGAAAUAGUGAAAAUUUGGUUGCAUCUUUAAAUAUCUUCUUAUCAAGAACAAUGGUUAAUGGGUAAAAAAAAUUUCCAAACCUUUAGAAAUUUUUUUUUUACAAAGUGUAGAUUAAAGUUUGUUCAGAUGAUGACCUCCAGGGGUAGGGCAUUGCCACAAUGUCAGAUCAAAGUUUUAAAUUGAAUAUAUAUAUGUACAAAUCUUUAAAAAAUCUUCUUUAGAACAGAAAAGCCACAAUUAGUCAUAUUGAUAAUAAUCAUUGAAAAAUCUUCUGUUCAAAAAAAAAAACAACAAAGCCAUUAAUUUUGAAAACUAUUCUGUUGAAAAAAAACAAAGCCAUUAGAUGUAUUGAAAUGGAAGCAUCCUUAAGUAGUUUAAAAUACUUAAGAUGCCCCCCCCCCCCUCCAUAAACUUUUCAAUUCUGAACUGAUUUAUUCAUUUUCAUAGUACAUGUAAAUAUACUCCGAUGAGUAUUGUAGCCCAUGGACCUCCUUUUAUCUUUUUUAUGUCAGUCUCUGAAUUAUCAUAGCAGUUUUGUGUGCCAAAAUUCAAGGACAAUACUUCGCUGCAGAACUGUAGUGUUAUUGUUUUAUAUAUUAGUAUGGCCAAGGACUAAUGUAUAAAACCAUAACGCUACAGUUCUGCAGCUAGGACAAUAUUAUGUUCCACAUUAAAGAUUGAAUUUGCAUUUAGGUCCUUGAAGUGAUAACAUACAUGUACAUAUGCAUUUUUAUAGUUUAAUAUUAUCUUAUAUCAUAAAUAUGCACAUACUUACAUGUAUUUUUAAAAGAAUUAUAUAAAUGAUGGUGAUAGUGGAAGUUGGGCAGUCAUGUAUUACCGCGUAGCCCUACCGGUAUUUCUACGCAUAUCAAUGCCAAAAUAAGGUGUUUUAUUGCAUACAUUUGUUACAUUGUUUAUUAGGUCAUGAGGUUUUUAUCUUUCAUUGUACUUGUACAGGUAUUUCAUUGAACAAAAUAUUUUAAAUUUGUUAGCAUAAUACCAGAAACAUACAUCUUUUAAAAUGUUUAUAUUUACAAUACGUAACCAAUAUGAGCUGUCAGUCUCAAUCCUGAACAAAAAUAAAUGUAUGUAUUUAUUUGUCAAAGUGUAUUUGUUUGUGAAAACUCAAAAAGGAUUCUUUUUUUUUUUGGUCUACUUUGUUAUUCUGAAGUUGUCAGUAAAACAGCAAUGAGAAGUGUAUAUAAUAUAUGUGCUGAAUACAAAAUAAUAAAAAUACAUGUAGCAUGUACAUUUUAAUAAAACUUUAAAUUAA